UUUUGGUAUAUACGCGUGUUUGAUCAACAUUUUGUAUCUUACAUGCAUUUCUAAUGUGUAGUUUUCAUGAAGCUAUAAUGAAAUUUGUUUACACAUAUUAAUUACGAAUAAUAAUGUUUGAUGGUUAAUAACUAUAUUAAUAAGAAGGAAGGAAAUAUGUUUAUGGUUAUCAUCUCGGAACCAGAAAGCUAUCUUCGAAUUUGAAUUCCCAAAAAUAUAUAAUUGAUUUCUUCACUAGUUACACUUUUUAUAUUUAAUUUGUAUAAUUCAUACAGUUUACAUACCAUGCGUGCUUGAUAAGUACGUGAAAAAAGUUACAAAGAUGUCAGAAGUGGCCAAAAAUUUAAAAGCGGUUCGCGAUAAAAUUCUUGCUGCUUCUGCUAAAAGACCAUUAGAAUAUAAUUAUUUUGAACCACGUCUAGUGGCUGUGAGUAAACUAAAACCUCCUGAAUUAAUUGUAGAAGUUUACGAAGCUGGUGAAAGGCAUUUUGGUGAAAAUUAUGUAAACGAGCUAAUAGAAAAAGGAAAUCACCCGAACAUUUUGGCAAAAUGUAAAGAGAUACAUUGGCACUUUAUUGGUCAUUUACAGAGUAAUAAAGUGAACAAAAUAUUGAGUGUUCCAAAUUUAUAUAUUAUAGAAACAGUAGAUAGCGAGAAAAUUUCGUUCGCAUUAAACGUUGCUUGGCCUAAAUUUAGAAAAGAUGAGACUUCAAAAUUAAAAGUAAUGGUACAAGUAAAUACUAGUAAAGAAAAAGAAAAAAGUGGGUGCGAAGUUGCAGAAAUUUCUACUCUUGUAAAAUGUAUUAUUAAUAAUUGUGAAAAUUUGGAAUUUGUGGGACUUAUGACAAUAGGUAUGUUUGGAUACGACAUUACCAAAGGUCCAAACCCAGAUUUUUUAUGUUUGAAAGAAUGCAGAGAAACUUUUUGUAAGGAAUUAAAUAUCGAUCGGAAUAAAGUGGAACUAUCGAUGGGAAUGUCAAAUGACUAUGAACAAGCGGUGGAGAUGGGCAGUACAAGUGUCAGGGUAGGUAGUGCAAUUUUUGGGGAAAGACCAAAGAAAAAUACUUGAACAAAGUCUAUAUACUUUUCCGAUGCAGUAAAUACUGUUUUCUAGUAUUUAUAUUGAUACUUUCGAUUUGCUUGAAAGUAGGGUAGGUAGUAAUUUGGAGGUCCCUUUUCCAAUUACCACAUGUUUCGAAUCUACAAAUCGUAUUAUGUAUAAAUA